AUGAUAGCUUCAGACAAUUCCCGUGGACCCCUCCGGAUACUAGGCCGUUUCACAUCCACGUCAGUACUGUAUCUUCUAUGGUUGGAUGUACUUAAUCUCAUGCACAGGCCCCGGCGAUGGCCAGAAGCCUCUAUGUUAAGUGAUGGAGAAUCUGCCACAGUGCCUAACCCCCAACUGGGCCAACUUCGAGAAACAUUCACGCCGUUUAUAUCGGACACAGAACUUCAAGAAACAUUCACGCCGUUUAUAUCGGACACAGAACAACAAGAGGGCGGGCUGACCACACCAGUUGAUCCCCCCCUCACCGGACAGAAUUUCUGGGACUUAGUGUGGGAGAUUCAGGCGAAGUUGAAGGCGAGGGAGUUUCAGGCGAAGUUGAAGGCGAGGGAGAUUCAGGCGAAGUUGAAGGCGAGGGAGUUUCAGGCGAAGUUGAAGGCGAGGGAGAUUCAGGCGAAGUUGGCGUUGUACAGGUGGAAGGGGUUGGACAGGUGGAAGGCGUUGAACAGGUUGAAAGCGUUGAAGACGUUGCACGCGAUGCAAACGUCGGACAUGUUGAAGGCGUUGGACGCUUUGGAAGCGUCGGACUUGUUGGACGCGUUAGACAUGUUGGAGGCAUUGGAAGAAAUCGAAGCUAAACUGGAAAGAAGGGAAGGAGCUAGACUGGAAAGAAUGGAAGAAUUAAAGAUUUUCCUAUUUCGUUUGAUGCGUACUGCUAAUUUUAAAAAAGCGAUGGCAUUCCUUCCAUUCUCAAUGAACGAGUUGGUGUCUCUCCUCAAGAGUAUGCGCUCGGGAUGGGGUCCUCCACUGGAAAUGGCUGCAAGGAUGCUCAACUCCAAGUUCUGGGCGAUGGAGGCGGACGUCUGGGCUGACCUGCUCAUUGUCUGUUGCUGGGCCAACCCCACCAUCUACUGUGAGAAAUGUGACAAAGACGUGGAAUCAACCACCACCUCUUGCAACCAUGUUGUGUGUCCUGUUUGCGCUGUGGGACAGGGGAAUGAUCCAAGCUGUCCCGAAUGUGGUGAAAUAUUUACUGUCUUGGUUUUCACGUCAGCUUUGGCAUCCGCACAGGAAAAACCAAUAACAGGGAAGCGUCGUCUUUGUGAGCCACCAACAACUACCACUAAGAGACCAUGUACUGACUCAGCUUCGAUGGGGUCAUGCUCUAAUGAGUGUCAGUCUAAAUACCUUUCUAAGCUACUGGAAUACCUCCACCCUGCCAUGAACAAGUGGUACUAUAUUGGUCUGACUCUGGGCGUCCCUACUCAUAUCCUCGAGGCAAUUGAGGCCAAACGGAGCGACAAAUUAGACUGUCUCAGGGAGAUGCUCAUCACGAGAUUAAAUAUGAAAGAAGAGCUGAGCAAAGAGGAGCUUAUCCAAUCCUUGCAGGUACCGAUUGUUGGAUUUUCCAAACUAGCACAGACGUUGGAAGACUCGAAGCACUGGUGAUCCCAAACUAACACUUUUAAUCCCUCCUUUUGAUUUAACAAAUAAUUAUUGCACUUAACAUGUUUUUUGUUGGUAAGGCCAGGCAAAGUAGAUUUAUAGUCAUCACAUGGUUUUUGUAAAAUUUAUUCAUUAUGCUGAAAGAUAGAUAAUCAUUGCAUCAUCAGUAAAAUGGCCAUAUUUGGCUGCAUGGGUGUGAAUUCAAAACCUCUUUAUACCUAAGUUCAUUUGGGACCUGACUUUUGUUACAUUUAGUUGAUUGAUUUUUUUUCAAGAGUGGACUCACUUUGUAUUCUCAAUCCCAUCCGUGUACAUGUAUUUGUAAUGUUA